CUCUCAACUACGAGGCAUGAUAAAAGAAGUGAGAAAUGUAUGUCUUCAAGAACUGCCUCAGAAAGCCGGAACAGAAGACUUUAUCGUGAAUGAAGAGAUUCCUAAAGCACGUGAUAAACAAGUAGCAAAUGAAGUUCGUGAGUUUGUUCGUGACGAAUUCAAUAAGAUGUUUUGCGAACGGGCUCGCCAUCAAAUGAAGGUGCUAAAUGUGGCGGACACAGUUGAAAGAUGCGUAAAGUCUAUGCAAGAUCAAGUAAAACACGAUUUGCAGGCUGUCCGCAUUGUCAAAACUGUAAUUCAAGCGGGGUAUCAGCUGGUUUCUAAAGAAGCUAAUGUAAAUAAGGGAUUGCCUUUCAUGCUAAUACUUAAAGACAUCUUCAGCAGAGCCAGGGGAGAUGACUUGAACGCCAAAUACACAAAACAAUGGAAGGAAACAGUUGCACGUGACUUUCUAAAGUCACUUAAAUCUAAGGAGCUUGCAACAGAGUAUUGCAAAGACAUAGAAGAUACACUGGAAAAGGCACACAAAGAUUUCCGAAGUAGUAUUGCAGAGUUAGAAGCUGCAACACAAGAAAUUGUCGACAAAGCUCGACGUAACCAACACCAAAUUCGAAUCAGUGAUGGAUAUGAUUUGGCUGCAGUUUACUUGAAAUCAAAAUCAAUUCUGGAUACUCUUCAGUAUGGUGUGCCUGAGAAAGCAAAGGUUAUUGGGAAAGGUCCAACAAGCACCGUCUACAGAUGCAAAGGGGGGUCUUGGGGUACAGCAAUCGAUGUCGUUAUCAAAGCUCGCGAACCGUGGCCUCCAGAAUCAACACAAAUUUGGCCUGCAUCUUUGUACUUUGCUAACGAAUGUUUCGAUCACGAUAAUGUACAGAAAGCCAUUGGAUUCAUUUUCCCCCCCAAGGAGCGAGUUGAUGAGAUCUGGGUGCUUGAAAAAUCUUGCCUUUGCAGCCUAGAAGACGUUCUUCAAGGAAAUUCUAGCUUUGGCCUUCACUUCAGAGGUCUCUCGUGGCUCAAUAUAGCAAGAGAUGCAGUGAAUGGAUUGCUACAUCUUUAUUCCCAAGGAAUUCCGCACCACAACAUCAAACCAUCUAACGUACUGCUCUCUCAACAUCUUGAAGCAAGAUUGUGUGAUAUGGGUAUGUACGACAUCGCUGCUAUGAAAGACAAAGAAAUUACAAGAGCUGUGUAUUUCGUUGCUCCCGAACUGGUUUUGGAAACCGAAGGCGUGGCUACUACUGAUGUUUAUUCUAUUGGCAUUUUGUUGUGGUACUUGUUCAAAGCUUACAGCAUACAAGCAACACCACCUACAGUUGUGCCAAACCCCAACAGCUACAGUGUUUGUGGUAGCAGUGCUAAAGCGUCUGAUUUCUUUAAAAGGGUGUGUCAUUCAAAUCUUCGGCCCGAGUUGGAAGAAUGGAGCAGUCCUGGACAUGAUCUGAAUCAGGCUGCCGUUCUUAUGGAAAAGUGCUGGCGUGCUGAUAGUUCUGCAAGACUCGACUGUGGAAGCCUAAAAGACGAACUUCAACAACUGACAGUAAAGAUCAAGUAGUAUACUAUGACGUGACUUGAACGGUUAGUGUGACAUCUUUUUAGAUAUUUUAAUUCUGUCAUUUGGUUAGUUAGUUUUGAGUCUCACCUUGUUUGCCGUGUUUCCAAUAUGGCAAUAUUAUUGACAAUUUUAAAGCAAAUAUAGAACAAAAUUCUGAAGUUGAAAAU